AUGGGAGGCGGAUCAGAAGUACCGAAGACGGGCCCGAAAGAUAAGGAGCUAGUUCUCGCCGUCCUGCCCUGGCCAGCAGAGCAAUGCAAGAAGGGAAUUGAAGCACUGGAGAAAGAGUUCGACUACCUCGAGGUCCAGCACUACUAUUCCUAUAAUGAAAACGGCAAAGUCGUCGUCGACGGCAUCCCCGAGGGCCUGCCGGCGAAGGCAUCUUACAUAACGACACUCUUCUGGUUGCCCAAGACGGCAGACGAAAUCCCGAAGACCAAACUCAUCCAGUUUUUUUCUGCAGGCACGAACCAUGUUGCCAACCAUCCUAUCUACACGGACUCGAAGGUUCCACUGUGCUCUGCGAAUGGUGUUCACGGGCCGCAGAUUGCGGAGUGGGUGGUCAUGAUGGAUCUCGUGCAUAGCCACAAUUUCACGGCGCUGUAUGAUUUGCAGAAAAAGCAGGAGUGGAAUCAGAGGGCUGGGAGGAAUGUUAGUGACCGGGUGGGCAAGAGGGUGGCUAUUCUAGGGUACGGAAGUAUUGGGCGGCAGGUGGCUCGCGUGGCUAAAGCGAUGGCUAUGGAUGUUAUUGCGUACACAGCAUCGCCGCGCAAGACGCCUGAAUCCAAAAAGGAUGGCGGAUACAUCGUCCCUGGCACUGGUGAUCCAGAUGGCGUUCUGCCCAGCGCUUGGUACAAUGGGACGAGCAAGGAGGACCUGCACAACUUCUUGAAGCAGGAGAUCGAUUUGCUGGUCAUUGGCGUACCAUUGACCAAGUACACGACGCAUCUGCUGUCGACGGAUGAGUUUGAGGUCCUGCACAAGAGCAACCCACGUGGCACAUACAUCGCCAACAUCGCUCGUGGUCAGAUUAUCGACCAGAAGGCACUGAUCAAGGCGCUGGAGACCAAGCAGAUCCGUGGCGCUGCCCUUGACGUGACGGACUCUGAGCCACUACCCAAAGACGACCCGCUCUGGACAGCGCCGAAUGUCUUGAUCACGCCGCAUGUGAGUGGCUCAAGUGAUGCGUAUGCAGAGCGCGCAUUCCAAGUAUUGGCGGAAAACAUCAGGAGAAAGAGGAGUGGCGGAAAGCUGGUCAACGAAGUGAACCGUGACAGGGGGUAUUAG